UUCAUUUUUCUCCCUCUGAUGUAACUGACCUCCUCAGUUCCCAGAAGUGGCAGCCUUGGAAGGAACUAGCCUCAGAUAGAGGCUCAGGACCCCUGUGUUUCCAACACUGUGGAAAUUCUGUCUGGUUCAUCUUCAUCUCUAGGUCCUCUGUGGAGCCUCAGAAGAAGAGCCAUGGCCUCAGCUGCUCCCCUGAAGGAGAUUCAGGAGAUUGCCACCUGCUUCCUGUGCUCAAAAUUGUUGUCUUGUCCAUUGAGCCUCUACUGCGGGCACAGCUACUGCAUGAUGUGUAUGUGGACCUUCUGUAGGCAGGAUGGAUUGCCAGAGGAGUUCCUCUGUCCUCAGUGUCAGGGGCCAAUCGAUAUAAACAGCUGGAGGCACAAUAAGCAUCUAGAAAGAAUCAUUGCAGUCUUAGAGCAGAUGGAGGAGAUGCAGUGUGAGUUAAAAUGUGAAGAACACGGGGAGCCGCUGCAGCUCUUCUGUGAAGAUGACAAGCAGCGCAUCUGCCGGCGCUGUGAGCAGGCUCCAGAGCACCAAGGGCACACCAUAGUGCUGGUGAAGGAUGCGUGCCAGGGCUACAUGGAAAAGCUCCAGAAAGCUGUGACCAGAAAGAUGGAAAGGUUGAGACAUUUGUACACAGAAUAUAUGAAUCAGAAAACAUCUAUACGAACACAGAUAAUGAAGUGCCGGUCAGCAGGAACUCCCCAUUUGCUUGCACUUAUGACCUUACAAAAACAAAAGGUGAAGUUGGACUUUGAGAUUCUCCACACUUUUCUACGUGAGGAGGAGAAGUUGUGGAUCUGGAGACUGGAUAAUGAAGAAGAAAAGAUGCUGAGGAGACUGGGGGAAAAUGAGGCCAACCUGCAGAAGAGAGAUCAGGAUGUGGAAGGCACCUUGAGCAGGGCUAGCGCUGUGAAGCUGGAAGCUUCUGAGGCCCUUUCCUUGGAAGUCCCAACUACGUGUGAUGUUGCUAAGCUUUACUUGGAUGUGAAGGCGAUGUUAAGACGCCAUCAAGUCAGUGUGACUCUGGAUCCAGAUACAGCUCAUCUUGCCCUAACUCUGUCUGAGGACCGCAGACAGGUGUCCUAUCAAUGCAGCCAGCCAUUUCUCAAAGCUUUGUUCAGGAGAUUUGCCAUCCUCCCCUGUGUCCUGGGCUGUGAGCGCUUUAGUUCAGGAAGACACUACUUCGAAGUGGAUGUUGGAGAAGGAACAGCUUGGGAUGUGGGAGUCUGUAUGGAAAAUGUGCAGAGAGGCUUUGACAUGAAGCAGGAGCCCGAGAGUGGGUUCUGGGCCAUCAGGCUGUGCACAGAGAACGGCUAUGUAGCCCUGACCUCUCCCCCCACUGCCCUUGAGCUGCGUGAGCGACCUCGGGUGGUGGGGGUUGCUCUGGACCAUGAGGCUGGAGCUGUGUCCUUUUACAGCAUGACCUCUGGCUCCCACAUCUUCACCUUCCCCAAGGCUUCUUUCUCUGGUACUCUGCGGCCUUUUCUCAAUGUUUAUGAACAUUCUCCUUUGUUUCUGCCUCCUCCUAAGGAGUUUUAAAAAACAGCAUUGUCUCUUUGGCUUAGAUAGCACUGAAUAUCUGUGAUUACUAUAGGACAGAAACUGUAAUUUUGUUUUU